AUGAAGCUAGACGCGGCAAUCCAAGCAAACUUGUCAUUGUUACAAGGAUUAAUUCUUCUGGGCUGGUAUCAUCAAGUUUGUGGUUCCAGUGGACGUUGCGGUAAUCUCAUUGGUGUCUCCUGCCGCUUGGCGUAUGACCUUGGACUGAACAGUAUCGACCAUGAGAUUCUAGAUUCGAAAGCCACAGUGCAAUGGACAUCAACAGAAGAAUGGAGCAAGAAAGAAGAACUUCGACGAGCUUGGUGGUUGGCCUGGGAGCUCGACAUGUUCUCGGGCACCAUCCUAAAGCGGCCACAUACGAUCGACAAAACUCACAUCAAUGUACUGCUACCGGUAUCUGACGAAGCCUGGUCCUCUGACACACCGGUUGUAUCGGUCGUGGUCAUACCAGACCCAAUUCACGUAUGGAAGACACUAAAGAAUUCACCUAACGACGAUGACAGGGCUUGGUUUCUUAUAGCCUCUUUCCUGAGGGCAUUCGCUCACGACAUAAUCCACAGACGGCAUACAACCGCGCAGACACUAUGCGACUUCCAGUCCUCCAUUGCUUGUUUCUCUCUGAUCCUUCCGCAGAGAUUUCAUCUCUCCGCGAACUGUCUCAGCUUUGACGAAUCCAAUUUUGCAGCCAAUAAUUGGAUCAUUCAAGGUCCUGGAAUGCUAACUCGAGACGAUGAAAGUCGUGCUUCACUUCGACUACUGUGUCAUCGGAAAUUCCCAGAACACCUGGACGUGUCCCUGGAAACGUCGGCUUUAGAAGAUGAGAAGCUAAUUUGCCGCGUUAUUCAGGCAUGGGACCCCGAUUAUAUUGCUCGAACUUGUCCUUUGGUCACUACUACCCUGCUUGGUCCCGGUGCAAUUAAUGCGAAGACAGCAUGCGAGCUUGCAGCAAGUCCAGACGAGAGCAGGCCCAUAUAUCUCGAGAUGUUGAAGCUCGUCCUUGGGGCGAUUGGCUCCUUUUGGCAAAUUGGAGCUUCUGUAUUGGGUGAGCGUUCCCAAAAUCUCACCAAAUGCACCAUCCGUCUGACUCCGUUCCCAGAACUUGUACAACUACUUGAGGCUCGUCGAUCGAUCACCGAGCUUGUGAAUGCACGCAAGAAUGAUCUGGAUCGGCUUCCACUCCUUCUACCCAAAAAUGAUGAAGACCCUGGAAGCUGA